AUGGAGGUGGAAGAAUCCACAUCCGGGCUGGAGGUAUCCACUACGCUCAACUCUGGUAACGUAGAAGACGGAGUCGUCGGAUUACCCAACAAGACUUUACGCCGUGAAGAAGAGCGUGAUCGCGAGAGUGUAGCCACUGUUCGAGGCCCAGCAUACGAUGAAUCGUCAUCAUCCGAGCUAGAUAAAGCAGGCGUCGGAUUGCGCGCUCUGCCUUUGCCUUUUCGAACACCAGGUCCGGGAAGAGCAGGAGUCUUGGCGUAA